AUGCCUUACACAACUCAAAAUAUGAAUAACAGAUGUUGUUAUCUGAAUAUGACUUUAAACGAUCUUUUAAAAAAAACAAUUGAAGAAUACGGAUAUACUGAUAAAAAAAACAUUAAUAAAACAUUAGAUAAAUUAUCUAAAGAAAAAAAAUUAAAAGAUCAGGAAAAAUAUAAUAGAUAUAAAGAAGAAAAAUAUCUACAAAAUUCCAUAAUGCAAUCAUUUAUAAAUACCGAAAGUGUUUUCUCACCAGAUAUUAUCGCAUAUGAUUUAU